UGUUCAAAGAAAAUCCUUUUUCUUAAUAUUAUAAUUACAAUUUUAUGAUUAAUAAUAAUUAAUUUCAUCGCUUCCUUAUAGAGGAAUUGCUACAUGUAAUUCCUUUAAUUAAUAUAAUAUUUACUCUUUUGUACAGUUUUCCAUCGUUUUGCCGGAAAACAAACCUUACUAACUUGUUUUGAAAAUAAAUGUCAAAAUUGACAUCUAUCUUUCUAUGAAUUUUAUUUUACAUGUUUGUAAAAAAAACUAUUACUUUCUUUAUAUGAAAUGUCAUUUAAAAAAAAAGAUGUAAAGAAUUGAAAAAGCAAACACAUUUAAAUUACGGAAGUUGUAUUAAGGAAAAAAUCUUUUGCUGACAUUGGUAGUACUGAUACCUCUAUAGUAACAAAAUUGUGUUGAUCAUAAAUCGCCACGAUCUACGUUGUUAACCUAAAUAUGUAAAAAUGAAAAUAGUCUUGUAGAAGAUGUAAAUAACAAUAGGCACAACGAAAAUGAUGAAUGUACAAUAAUAUUUGAAUGACUGAAAUUUUAAAGAAACUUUAAAACGACUGUUAAUCAAUUUAAAAAUUGUAUUUAAAUGCAAUGUUGUCAUCAUGUUCACUACAAGUUUUAAGGAUGCUUUAGCUUCAUCGGCAUCUUUUUGUACAAUUUUGCAAUUUUUGGCUGGAAUAUUAGUAUGCAGAAGGUUUAUGAAAAAUGGAACAACAGGAGAUACCUCUGGCUUGGCCUUCAUAAGCUGUUUUAUGUCAUGCAGUAACUGGUUCUGCUAUGGAUUAUUGAUAUACGACUCGUUUAUAGUAUUGGUAAACAUUUUCGGAGCAACUCUACAAUUGUUCUAUGUCAUAAUAUUCAUGCUAUAUAGCGUGAAAAAGUCAACUAUACUUAAACAACUUAUAGGGUCAAUAACUUUUGUGACUUUUGUAUUUAUGUAUAGUAUACUUGAACCAAAUAGAGCACUGGCUGCUCAACGAAUAGGAUUUCUCAGUUGUAGUACGACAAUCCUAUUUUUUGCAUCUCCUCUAACAAUGUUGGCCUAUGUGAUACGAAUGAAGAGUGCCGAUAGUUUACCAUUUCCAAUUAUAAUCUCAUCUCUCAUUUGCUGUUGCCAGUGGUUUGCUUAUGGAUGUAUUCAGAAAGAUUUCUUUAUACAAUUGCCAAAUUUUUUGGGAAUAGCCCUUUCUAUGUUUCAACUUUCAUUUUUUUUUAUAUAUCCCGGCAAAAAUGCCGAUCAGGUGCAUUUUAUAUAAGAUACAGAACCGCCGAAAAGUUUGAAUUCACCCUGUGAACUUUAAAUUUAAUAAUGAAAAAAGAAAAAUUACUAUUUUGUACUUAAUAGUAUGUGCUUAAGAAAUUCAAAAUUUUCGGCGGUUUUUUUUUUACGGGUAUGAAUGAAUUUUGUAUUUAUACUUAAAUAGUAUAUUUUAUACAGAAAAUAAUUGUUUCAUCAACGCGUUAUUUUUAAUUGUAAAUUAACUAAUUGUUAAAUUAUUAUCAAAUAUUUUAGAAUAUCGACUAUAAUAGACUUAUAUUUCAGUAAUUUGUUUUUUAAUAUAUUUAAUUAUAAAUCAAUUUAAUGAUCGAUGAAGUUGCAUAAAAAACAUUAAAUGUUAAUUAAUA